AUGACAGCUAUUCAGGAUGGUCCGGGGGUUGGGGACGAGGGUUUCUCCUCCCGGCUGGGUCUCAUCCUAUCUUGUAUGGGCUGUAUGGUAGGGACAGGAAACAUCUGGAGGUUCCGAAUCGUAGCAGAGAACAGUGAUGGGAAGGGCUGUCUCGUAUUCCUACUUGUAUGGUUACUUUUCCUUCUCUUCUGGUCAAUACCAAUGCUGCUUAUCGAGUACGCGAUUGGUCGAUUUACUGGGAAAGCUGUUGUCCAAUCAUUUCGUCAGUUUCUCGGAGACACGGCGAUCUGGAUGGGAGGAUGGGUUACGUUCAUCCCUAUCGUAAUGGGAUGCUGGUACUCUGUCGUCCUGGGCUGGUGUUUUUAUUAUGCCUUUCAUUGUAUGACCACACCAUUACCUACUAACCAGACUGAAAGCAAGAGGAUUUUCGACGCUUUUGCCGUAGAAUCCAACUGGCCAGUGUUGACUCACUUUAUUUCCGUUCUCAUCGCUUCGCUCUCCGUUAUCAAAGGUGGGAGGACGAUAGAGAAGGUGAACAUGGUGACUGUACCUGUCUUUCUCGUUCUCAUCAUCUUUACGUUUAUCUGGGCAGUAUCCAGGACAUACGCCGACCACGGAUUACGUUUUUUCUUCACGCCUAACUGGGAAUCGCUGGCGGAUCCCCGAACUUUUGUUGACGCUUUGGCUCAGAAUGCUUUCGAUACGGGUGCCGGAUCGGGGUUGAUGCUGGCCUAUUCUACUUACAUGAGCCAUAACGGGGUGGUGAGGUAUGCUACCCUCAUCCCAGCCUGUAACAACCUCAUCAGCUUAGUCUGUGGGAUGUCUAUAUUCAGCAUCGUGUUCUCCGUGCUGAAGACAAGCAGACCGGAAAUGAAUCAAACCGACAUCUUGGACGUCAUUCAAGACAGCGGGCCGGCGAGCACCGGGUUGACGUUUAUUUGGUUGCCAGUGCUCUUUUCAUCUGUCGGCUCUAUAGGAAGAUGUUUGGCUGUGAUAUACUUUCUGUGCUUGUCCCUCGCCGGUAUAACAAGCAUGAUCGCUUAUUUUGAAAUAGCAGCCCAGACCUUGAGAAAUCUAGGAGUUCCACGGUAUAUUGGAGUUCCAUUGUGUUUCUUUGCGAUAUUCGCUGGCGGACUGCCUUCUGCACUUUCCGUAUUAGUUUUGACCAAUCAGGACUUUGUAUGGGCGUUUGCCCUGGUGAUCAGCGGACUGAUGCUUCAGCUUCUUGUCAUCAAAUACGGUUCGUCCAAAUUCCGAAGCGUCGUCGUAAACGACUACAGCACAUCGGACUGGUAUCUGCCAAAACUCUGGGAGUGGAUUGUCAAAUUUAUAGCACCGCUUGAGGCUCUCGCCAUUUUAAUAUGGUGGGCUGUGGAUCUCAUCAUGACAAACGUCAGCGAGGGUAUUCCUUGGUACACUUUUAGCACUGAAUCCUUCACCGCUACGCUCCUACAGUGGGCGAUCCUCCUGGUACUGAUGGGCGGGAUCAAUGUGGGCGUGAUUUACUGUCAGGCACGUCAAUCACCUCUGGACAAAACGGAGGAAAAGCCUUUGGAGUUGGAUGAGGACAGAAUAACCCCCGAGGAUUACGGUGCAGUGGAAAACACGAACGCGUAUGUCAAAUCGGAGGACUGACCGUAGCAUUACACCGUAAAGGAGUCAAACCGUGCAGUGGACUGGUCUGCCGUUUUCGUUCAGCGUCGUAUUUAAAAGAAGUUAUUCUAAAGUUAAAGGUCGAGGUCACGAAGUUUUUUGAUUUAGUAGAUUAUAAAAAAUAAUUUAUUCAUUUUUGUUCCUAAAAGGUUAACAUAUCCUUUGUUACCUCAGGGGAUCCAUGUGAUUAAUUUUUCCUAACUGAUUCUAGGUUUACUAGUCGAUUUUCCAAUCAGUUCAAAAUACAAACACUAUACUGAAGAUAUUACUCUAGUUUAUUACUACAGUGUAACUAAAAUGUGAUGAAUAUUAAUAAAGAUCAA